AUGAACCCUGCUGGAUCUACCGGGCUCCCUCAGGCCCAACAGGAAGGAGUCCACAAAGACAUCAUCAUUGCAGUCAUGGGUAGAACUGGAUGUGGUAAAUCCCAAUUCAUCUCAAGGCUAAACGCGAAGGAUUGCGGGAAUGAGUUUGAGCACAUUUAUGGUAUUAGGCCUUCAUUCGUCUGGGACGUGGAACGCGGGUUCAAAGGGAAUAGAAUAGUGAUACUCGACACUCCGGGCUACGGUGAUAAUGUCUUCGAAGAUGUAUCAGUUUUUGGGCGCAUCAAGGGAUGGCGGCGACGUUUCCACCAAGGCAAACCAUUAUUCGGACUCAUCUACAUACAGGACAUCAAUGAGGCACCACCGACAGGGCGACACACGGUAUUAGGAUUAAUUCAGUCUCUUAGAGGUAGUCUUAGAGGUAGUACGGGAGAGGGGAAUCUGAGCAACGUUAUAGUGUUGACGACUAAAUGGGAUGGCCUCCAUGGUAAUCUGCCUAGAGGUGAUGCUCGAGAAGCCCAUCUCCACGAGACAUCCGACUUCUGGAAAGCUAUGGUAGCAGAGGGUGCAACGGUCAUGAGACACGACGACACGGUCGAAUCAGCCGAGAGAGUCAUCCAAACCCUUUUCAACCAACAUAUUGUCGGCGUUCCGUUUGGCAGAGAAAUGAUCAGAAUACAACAAGAGCUAAAUAAGCUGGUUGAAGCCAAGCGAGGAAGCGACGCGGCAUUUGAGGGCAAACUUUCUGAAAUAUCCAAAGAGAUGAAAGAAACCCAGGAACGGCUGGCACGUUUGGAAAGUCAGUCCCAAGACCACCAGAACCAAUUCGAAGAAUAG